GCCCCGCUCCGCCGCGGGCAGCGCCGCCGCCGCCGCCGCCCGGUGUCCGGCAUGGUCGUGUCGGUGCUCGCCGGUGUCUGCCUGGCCGCCACCCUCGCCAUGUUCGCCACCGGCUUGUCUGACCUGCGCCAGAUGUUGGCGACCAAAAGUGUGGAGAACAUCCAGUUCCUGCCCUUCCUCACCACUGAUGCCAACAACCUGAGCUGGCUGGGCUACGGCUGCCUGAAGGGGGACGGGACGGUGAUCACCGUCAACGCCAUCGGGGCAGCUCUGCAGACCCUCUACAUCCUGGUGUAUCUCUACUACAGCCCUGUCAAGCGCCCCGUGCUGCUGCAGGUCCUGCUGCUCCUGGCUGUGGUGGUCACUGGCUGCGGCUACUUCAGCAUCCUGGUUGACACGGGGACGCGCCUGACACACCUGGGGCUCUUCUGCAGCGUCUUCACCAUCAGCAUGUACCUCUCACCGCUGGCUGACCUGGCCAAGGUUGUCCGGAGCAAGUCGACGCGGUGCCUGUCCUUUCCCCUGACCGUCACCACCCUUGUGGCCUCCAGCAGCUGGACACUCUAUGGCCUGCAGCUCCAUGAUCCCUACAUCACAGUGGGUUGGGCUGGCGGGAUGCCGGGGGUGUCAUUCUAUCCCAUCUCACAUCCCCACCUGUCCUACUCCAUUGCAGCCCCAUCCCCAUCCCAUCCCACUCUGGCCUGCUCUAUCUGUGUUCCACCCUUCUCCAUCCCAUUCUGUUCUGUCCCCCUCCUGCCCCAUUUCAACCCAUCCCAUUCCCAUCUCACACCACUCCAUCCUCAUUCCACUCCUAUCCCAUCCUAUCCUAUCCCAUUCCCACCCCAUCCCAUUCCCAUCUCACCCCACUCCAUCCCCAUUCCACUCCUAUCCCAUCCUGUCCUAUCCCAUUCUCACCCCAUUGCCAUCCCAUCCCAACCUCUCCUAUCCUUCCCCAUCCCCACCCCACUGCCAUCCCAUCCCAUUUUAUCCCAUCCCAGCCUAUCCUAUUCUUCCCCUUCCCCACCUCACUGCCAUCCCAUCCCAUUUUAUCCCAUCCCAGCCUGUCCUAUCCUUCCCCAUCCCCAUCCCCACCUCAUUCCCAUCCCAUCCCCUCUUCUCCCAUCCCAUCCCACCCCAUUCCCCUCUCGUGGCUCAGCCGAGCGCUUGGCUCGGCGCCGGCCCCGUUCAGCACCGCGUGUCACCCAGCCAAGGGUGACAAGGCCCAGCAUGAUGACUAUAGAUUUUAAUUAAUUAGCUGGGAUGGGGCCAAUAAGCCUCCCCCAGCACCGUGGAGGGGAGGGGUACAUCCACGGUCCCCCC